UCUCCCGGUACACAGUCACAAGGCACUGCAAAUUAGGCCUAUAUGAAGGGAACCACAACUAACUAAGACAGAAAUAGCAGAAAAACGGAUGAGAUCAGAAAGCUUGAUCAUGAAGUGAACAUUGCAGAAAUCAUACAACUUCAAUAUGAACAACAACGAGGUAACAAUAAUACAUUUCAACGACGUGUACAACAUCGAACCCCAAAAGGAUGAGCCCCAGGGAGGAGCGGCAAGGCUGGCAGCCUAUGUGAGGCACUGUGAGGCACAGCACCUUAAUCCCCUUGUCAUAUUUAGUGGAGAUGUUUUGAACCCAUCUCUCUUAAGUAUAUUUAUGAAAGGAGAACAGAUGAUUCCUGUACUGAAUGCCAUUGGAGUCCACUGUGCCGUGUACGGCAAUCACGACUUUGAUUUUGGAGUUGACCACUUAGAAAGCUUUAGAAAGCGGACUAAUUUCCCAUGGCUAAUAAGCAAUGUAACAGAUAACCUAACACAUCAGGCACUGGCUGAAGGAAAGGUUACCCACAUGAUGGAGUGGAAUGGAUUCAAGAUAGGGUUUGUUGGACUGGUUGAGGAGGAAUGGAUUGACACACUGGCCACACUGGAUCCUGAGGAUGUUACUUUUGAGAAUUUUGUUGUGAGAGGAAAGGAGUUGGGACAUCGUCUAAAACAGGAGGGAGCCGACUUUGUCAUAGCUAUGACACACAUGAGGUGGCCAAAUGAUCGUCGGCUAGCAGAAGAAUGUGACGAAAUUGAUAUAAUCCUUGGAGGCCAUGAUCACGACUACAAUGUAGAAAUGGUUAAUGGGAAGUAUAUUGUGAAAAGUGGAACAGACUUCAGAAACUUGAGUAAGAUCACAAUAGGAAAGGAUGAGUCUGGUCUUAAUCUGGAUAUCACAAGGGUUGACUUGGACUCUAGUUGGGAGGAGAACCAAGAGGUCAAGGACAUCGUCGGGCAGUUGCUAGGACAAGUUGAUAGCAAAAUGGAUGAACAUUUAGGGGUGAUGGCAGUAGAAAUGGAUGGCAAGUUUUCUUCCAUACGUAGCAGUGAGACUAACUUAGGUAACUUAGUGACAGAUGUCAUGCUAGAAAUCUCAAAAGCAGAUGUGGCAUUGUUGAACUCGGGAACUUUCCGUUCGGACAGAAUCCAUGACAAGGGAGAAUUCAAACUGAGAGACUUGCUUACUAUCCUUCCACUAGUAGAUCCUUUGGUUGUGUUAAAAGUCACAGGAGAGCAGAUACUGCAAGCUCUAGAAAAUGGAGUUUCUCAGUAUCCAAAGCUUGAAGGCAGGUUUCCACAGGUGUCUGGUAUGUCCUACGGCUUUGACCCCAGUAAGCCUAGCGGUAACAGAGUGGACCCAGCCCUCGUCAAAGUACAGGAGGAUUAUCUAGUCCUCAAUAAGAUUUACAGUUUGUGUACUAAAGAAUAUAUCGCAAUGGGUAAAGACGGAUAUGAAGUUUUCAAGAAUUGUGAUGUCCUUGUGUCAUCAGAACAGUGCUGUACAUUGAGUACGGCUGUACGGAAUCACUUUGAGUCUAUCCUUAUCAAACAAGGAAUCAAAACCUGCAAGUCAGGACAUAGACAGAGUCUCGUUAGCCUUGUCAGGAAGAAGAGCCUGGUCCAUCAGAAGAGUAAGUCAAUGGAGUGUGUCAACUUACCUAGCCGCCUGGUGCGUCAAGCCAGCGUGCACGAGAUCGAAACGGAGCAGUGUCAACUCGCCCCGAGGGUUGAGAGGCGCAUUUUCACCUAUGAUGAUGAGAGAAAACAGAUUCUGUUGGCGUCCAGGCUUGAAUCCAGCCACAGUUUACGAGAUUCCUGUAUACGAGAGUCUUCUCUCGAAACUUCAGCCAGCACUGACCUGGAGGAAUUGGAUUCCGACUUCUACUAAAACAUGUAUACAGGCAUGGUGCAACUAACAUCAAAAAGAUUGCCUACAAAGAUAAUCAUUGUCAAGUCCAUCUAAUGUGUUCUGGCAGUGAAAUUAUUUCCGACAAUGUAAAAAAAGUUGCCUAAUAGAAAAUUAAUCAAGACAGUUGUAUUGUUCAGGGUGCCGACUAUACUGGUAACUUGCCUGUUGUUUCUAACUUUACUACUAUAGUAGAUACAGGCCCUCAUGAUAUACAAUGGGGAUAUAUAUGAAAUUAAAGGUAAAGGGGAAAAUUUCACUUUUCUUUUAGUAAACCAAUUUUUGUUUUACACAGAAAAAAGUGAUUUUUUUAUUAUUAUUUCUUGUUUCCUAUGUCAGAAUCAUUGUUAUUGUAGAAGACUAAUUGAUUAUACAUGUGAAAGGUAGUGAAACUUAUAUUUCACACUUUUUGGCCUUACAAACAUUUUGUUUGAUGAUUUAGCUCCUCUUCUAGCUCCAAGGCCUGUACGUUAGUUGAAGAAUGACCAUGUAAGAAUGAUGAUGUUGAAAUACAAUGUCAACAUGAAAUGUUGUUGAACAAAUGUUUCAGAUGCUUUGAUAAUCAGCCAUGCUUUGUUCAUUAGCAAUUAAUUAAUCACAUUAAAUGUUAUUCAUCUGUAUAAGUUAACACACGUUUUGUUUAGCCACAUUGAAAAAUCAUUGUGUUAAUUUUGUUCAUAUAUAUAUGCAAUUGAAGAAAAGUGUUUCAGAGCACUGCCUGUUUGUUAGAGCACAGGCACCAGCCAUACAGAUGUAGAAGUUGUAGAUAUAGUACACACGUAUGUCAGGAGUAUGUGUUCCAGAGCACUGCCUGUUUGUUAGAGCACAGGCACCAGCCAUACUGAUGUAGAAGUUGUAGAUAUAGUACACACGUAUGUCAGGAGUAUGUGUUCCAGAGCACUGCCUGUUUGUUAGAGCACAGGCACCAGCCAUACUGAUGUAGAAGUUGUAGAUAUAGUACACACGUAUGUCAGGAGUAUGUGUUCCAGAGCACUGCCUGUUUGUUAGAGCACAGGCACCAGCCAUACUGAUGUAGAAGUUGUAGAUAUAGUACACACGUAUGUCAGGAGUAUGUGUUCCAGAGCACUGCCUGUUUGUUAGAGCACAGGCACCAGCCAUACUGAUGUAGAAGUUGUAGAUAUAGUACACACGUAUGUCAGGAGUAUGUGUUCCAGAGCACUGCCUGUUUGUUAGAGCACAGGCACCAGCCAUACUGAUGUAGAAGUUGUAGAUAUAGUACACACGUAUGUCAGGAGUAUGUGUUCCAGAGCACUGCCUGUUUGUUAGAGCACAGGCACCAGCCAUACUGAUGUAGAAGUUGUAGAUAUAGUACACACGUAUGUCAGGAGUAUGUAGUAUUGACUAUGAUGCAUAAAAGGUGUAACAACCCCUGUGUCCUGUUGUUACUUUUUAGUGGAUUGUCUAAGUGGAAACAUUGCAGUGUAGUUACUCCGUGGUUCUGAGGGACUAUUCUGAUGGGUAGCCCCCGGACCAGUGGGAGAGUACACAGAAACAUUGCAGUGUAGUUACUCCGUGGUUCUGAGGGACUAUUCUGAUGAUUAGACCCCGCACCAGUGGGAGACUACCCAUAAUUGAACCUCAGUCAUCUGCAUGGCAGACCAGUGGCUCCACCACUUGACCAAUCUCUGUCAGAUGUCAAAUAGACCUGUCCUUCAAAUUAAAAGAGAAAACUCCAUCUAGGGAGACACAAGCAGAUUAUCUAUACUAAAGCUCUGAGGAUUACUCAGUGAUCUUUAAUUCCCAUUCCUAUACAUCUGAUUAUACCUCAGACCAUUACAUCAGUUUGUCAGGUCUCUUUAGUAAUUGUUUUGUUUUGUUAACUUUUGAAACAUGUACAAUUAUUUUGUUAGAUAUGAAUUAAAAUGUCCAACUGCUGUGUAUUGUUAAGUUUGUAAACAUUUUAAAUAAGUAAUUUAAUCACCUGUAUACAAGAGCAUUCCAUGUGAUUGAUUUUUACCUAUAGACACCUAUCCACCUGUAUAAUAUUAAAGCUUACCUGUCAUGUAGGGUCAGUUUGAUACCUGUCCAGCCAUUAUUUGUUAUCCACAGAUAUAUAACAUAGCAGAAUACUGUUCCAUUGUUUUACAAUGAAACCAUAUAUUAAUCAGCUACCAAUGUACCUCAGGACUUCCCAGUCGCCUUUAUUACCACUUAAGUUAUGUAAUGUAAAUUUUAUACAUGUAUAAGAAUGAUUCUAAUUUUGCCGUUAAAGUUUUUGUAUGAUACCCUCUUUUUAUAGUUUUUGAUUUUCUAAAAUUGCUUUUAUGUCUGUAUAUGAUCCAGAAGCUAUUUUACUGUUUUCUUUGUAUGUCCAAGUAGCAAUGUACUAUUUUUUGUGCAUGAUCCAGCAGCUACAUGUAUUUUACUCUUUUUGUGAAUAUCUUUAUAUCUUUUAACUAUUUCUAUGUGCGAUCCAGCAGAUAUUUUACUAUAUUUUGUGUGUCUAAGUAUUUUUUUCCUAUUUCCAUGCAUGUUCCUGCAACUUUUACUCUCUCCUGAACACGAUCCUGUAGCUUUUACUCUCUCCAGAACACGAUCCUGUAGCUUUUACUCUCUCCUGAACACGAUCCUGUAGCUUUUACUCUCUCCUGAACACGAUCCUGUAGCUUUUACUCUCUCCUGAACACGAUCCUGUAGCUUUUACUCUCUCCUGAACACGAUCCUGUAGCUUUUACUCUCUCCUGAACACGAUCCUGUAGCUUUUACUCUCUCCUGAACACGAUCCUGUAGCUUUUACUCUCUCCUGAACACGAUCCUGUAGCUUUUACUCUCUCCUGAACACGAUCCUGUAGCUUUUACUCUCUUUCUUUGCAUGCUCUAAUUGCAAUAACUAUUUCAGUGCAUGGCAAAAUAGCUAUUUACAAUUUGUAUGCAUGCUCCAGUAGCUAUUGAAUAUUUCUGUGUGUUUUCUGAUUUUUGAUGGAAUGCUUAUGAUCUAAUGGUGCAGCAUUCGUCGUUUGUUUGUCAACUUCGGUUUUAAAACUGAGGGUCCCAGGGUCCUGAUAUUUGGCCUGUAGGUUCCUUGGAUGGAGUGCUAUGUAGUUUUGUCAUAUAAAUUACCUUGUCCUACUUUCAAGGUCACAUUGUUCAAAUAUGCUAACAAAUUUCAAGCAACAUUUUCUGAAGGACUAUAGGUCUAAAGCCAUGAUUCUUGGAUAUGAUAUUAAGACCAGCGGUGCAUGUCCUGUUUAGAUCAAAAGAUAAAGUUUAAGAUGUGACAGGAGUGAAAGGUUAACAUUGGUUGUAAUGGGUAAAAACCUAAAAGAAUUUCUUAAGUCCUGCAUGUCCCAGGUUCCUAAUGUUUGGCCAGUAUGUACCUGCAAUGGAGUGCUAUACUUUACUUAUAUCUAUGACAUUGACCUAGGAGUGCUAUAACUUUACUUAUAUAUAUGACCUUGACCUAGGAGUGCUAUAACUUUACUUAUAUCUAUGCCCUUGACCUAGGAGUGCUAUAACUUUACUUAUAUCUAUGACCUUGACAUAGGAGUGCUUUAACUUUACUUAUAUAUAUGCCAUUGACCUACUUUGAGUUUACAGGGGUCAAUUAUGUUAAAAGAUAAAACAGCAUAACAUGAGAAUCACAAGCUCUAGAGCUAGGAUACUUGUAAAUAGUAUGAUGACCAGUAAUGCAAACAUUUUUGUUAGCCUUUCAGUCAUAACUUGGAAACGGUUGAGAUCCCCAUCAUAUAACCGUUGCUCUGCUUACUGGGCAUGAAGAAAAAAAUACAAGUCUGCUACCAGGAUUAGCUCCAGGAUCUGGCCCCACCCCAUGAGACUUAUUCUCAGGUAAUGAAACCAUUGAGAUCCCAACCCUAUAACCAUAUGUACAUGCAUACAGAUCUAAACCAGAUUUGCUAUGAAGCAUCCUUGGGACCAGAGAGAUAGAGCCUGAUAUGGGAAAAUAUUCAUAAUACUACUUUCAAUGAGAAAAUUUUGCCACAAUUGCUUAUAUAUCCAGGUGACUGAUACAGGCUCUCUGGGAACCCUUGAAAAAUAAAAAAGGGUCACACGCAGAUAUCAAAGUAAAAUGGUGGCAAUAAGUAAUGGUGCUAGUUGUUGAAAAUGUUCUUUUACAUAUUUUGUUGUCAAGAAUAUUUUGAUUUUUUAAAUUUGAGUAACAAGUAUUUGUUCAAACAGAAUAUCCUGAUGUCAAAGUUGAAUAUACAGCAAUAACUGAUAUUUAGAUUUUAUUAUCUUUUCCUUUGCAACGCUUGUGUAGCAAGCAUGACAUGGACAAAAGGAGUGCAUUUAAGUCGAUCAAAACAGGGACAAUAUGGCAUGUAGAUUAAAUGCCAAGAUCACUUGUCAUGUAGUCUUGUAGUGUUCAACUUCAAUGGGCAUUAAAGUAUGUUGUGUUCAUCACCCUUAUUUUAUGGCAUUGACUUUUUGUUUAUAAUACUUCUAUGAAAAGAGACAUAGACAUCUGAAUAUUAUCAAAAAGACUAUUACUACAUUGUUAAUUCCGACAAAAAAGGCUGUUCCUCAGUUCUGAAUACCAUCAACAAAGGCAUCACUUCAGAAAAGCCAUUUAUAGGUUCUGAUAACUGUCAAAAUUGCUAAUCCUAGAUUCUGGGUACCUGAACAAGUGUUUUUCUAGAUUCUUAAUGCCACCAAAAGACAGUUUCUUAGUUCCGAGUACCAUCAAUAAAGGCUAAUCUUAGGUCUGAUUAGUAUCGGAAGGCCUGGGUCCUGAAAAUACCAUUAAAUGGGUGUUCCUUUAUUCAAUUUUUUUUUACAAAUAUUGAUAAAGAAAUUAACAGAUGAAUGAUGUAGGACAGUAGACCUUAUGUAUGUAGAAUAUAUUACUGUAGUAUAAACACUUCUGUUUAUGUAUUCAAUGAGUAUUAGCUGUAAUAAGAUAAGUAAACACUAUUUGUAUAUAUCUGCUGUUUUACAUUCCACAGCAGUUGUGUAAGCUAUGGAUAUUAGUACUUAUUACAUUAUUAUUUAGAUAUUAGUACCUAUAACAUUAUUAUUUAGAUAUUAGUUCCUAUUACAUUAUUAUCAUGAAAAUAUAUCUCUGGUAUACCAUUACAAUACGAUAGUCAUAAGUCUUCCUGUACAUUGGUGAAAUUGUUGUUACUAAAUAGAUUACAAUAUUGAUAUUACUAAAAUAAAUCAAUGUUAACAGUAUUCUUGAGAGAAAAAAAAGAUCAAUAUCAAACAAUAUUGAUAUAUAUUCAUGAAUAUAACAAACUUAGAUAUGUUUGCCGAAAUAAAAUUGGUUAAUUGGUUAAUAUAAAUUCGUAAAUAAAUACAACACUGGUGGGUAUUAAUUAAUAAAACAAUGAUACCUAUUUCUUAAUUGAAAUAUACACUGUUGAUACACACUCCUUAAUUAAUGCAUUCCUAAAAUCAUUUCAGAUAUCAUUUAUGAUAUAUUUCCUGAUUCACAAUGCUGAAACAUAUUCCUAAAUAAGGUAUCAUGCUGGUACAUAUUUAUAAGUAAAGUACAAUGUUGAAACAUGAUCCUGAAAGAAGCGUGUUCUUCAAAUACAAUGUUGAAAGAUAUAUACCACCUGAUAACAUUUAUUCUUAAUAUGGUUUUGUUUUUUAAAACAAAAGGUUGAGAUGUUUUUGGCAAAUAAAGAAUAAUGUUGAAAUGUAGUCUGAAAUACAAUUUAACACUGAAAUGUAUUCAUAAAUUAAGAUCAAUGCUGACACCUAUUCCUGACCUACCUGGUGAAGCAUCAUGUUAAAAAUUGUUCAAUAUCGAUAAACAUUUCCAAAAUAUAGUGAUGCUUUGGCGACUUACAAUCCUAAAUAAUAUUCAAUGUUAAAACAUAUACCUUAACUUAAAUACUAUUUUUUUUGUACAUAUUUCUUAAUAUAAUAGAAGACUGAUAUGUAUUCCUAAAUUAAUGCAUUUUUGAGGUAAGUCUGGUGUUGAUUAAUUAUAUAUAUUUCUAAAUGUAGCAGAGCUGAAACACAUUCCUAAAUAAAGCAUAUCAUUAGAUUAAGUACGGUCUUAAGCAUAUGAAAAUAUCAAAUUUAGUAAAGUGAUAGUUUCCCAAAGUGGUAAAUUUAAACUAAAUGCAUACCAAAACAAGUGGAAUAAUCAUAAGGUUGUGCUAGUAUUGAAACAUAUUUAUAAACAAUUUACCAUUAAAAGAUAUUUUUUUAAAACCACACUCUUGAUGCAUAUUCAAAAUAAACACAAGAUAAUACCAGAGUGUGACCAAAACCAUAUUGGAACUCAAAAUCAACAAGACUAGUGCAGAAUAUGAAUAAAGGGAAAAAUUACCUGCAGACCCUUAAAAAUGAUCAAGAAUAAAACCAGGUGUUCCGAAAUAGCACCUUCUGCGGCGUUGAUGAUAUUUGCUAUGUAGUUCUAGGUGAAAUCAAAGUAAUGUCAUGACGAAAUCAAAGUAAUGUCAUGACAUCAAAGUGAGAAUCAGGGUAGUGGCAACAAAAUCACAAGGCAGCCUUAUGAGCAUAAUCAGAAACAUGGACCUUCAUAUAGCACAAAGAAAUAUAAUAGUUUCCCAGCGAAGUCACGAUGGAGACCUUAAAACUUACCAAUGGUCUUCAUCAACCUGAAUUUCUCAUAACCUUAUACUGUAAGUUUGUCGGUCAGUAGUUAACAUCUAUCACGGAAAUCGUGAUAAUCAUAGCGAGCUCUGCAUCCCUUGUGAAUGUGCUACGUAUAUAUGGCCGUUGAUGGGAGAAUCGAGAUACAUGUUUAUUUAUAUAUAUCACAAAACUAUACUAUAGUCUGUUCACUGAAAUAACACUGCCUUGUUUACUGUAGAUUAACAUAUUGUUCUCUAAAUGUGUUUGGUGUAAUACAAUGUAUUAUUUGCUUAUACUAAAGUGUGAAUAACUCUUUUUUAGCUCUGUCUGGCAAUAUCACCAUUAAGCUAUGAUACAUGGAUUUCGUUUUGCAUUGCAUUGUUCGUCAUUUCUUUACAAGUUGGAUUAUAAUUAAAUAUUAAAUGCUUGGAAUUAGAAAGAUUUCAAGCUGCACUUUGGUAAACAAAAUGUGUUUUGAAAGUACGACAGCAUAAAGCAACGAAUAUAUUAAAUUUAUAUUGUGUCUUGAAUGGAGAUUGAUUAAUUUGCAAAAGCUUGUUGAUGCAUAAUGAAUAUAAAAAUGAAUACAGUUGAUUUUAUGAUUGUUUUACCUUGAGUAUUUUUUUUAAUCCAUUAGCUGAUGGCGCCAAGCGGGUACAUAUUUUAAUUCCAAAACCUGAUAACAGGUAUAUAAUUAAACAUCUUUUUAUCUGUAUAUCGAUUGCAUAUGUUAUUUUGUACAUUAAAUAUAUGG